AUGGAUCUCUUGAUACCGGCCAUCUCCCGCAUAGCAAACGCACUUCUUAUGCACAUGUCUCAGCUUGAACUCUCACUCAUCGCCGCACUGCUACUUUUGGCACUCGUGGCUGCCGAUUACAUAUAUAUUCGCCCGCAUAGAAUCAAAAAUCUCCCGUCCGUCCCCUGGAUGAUCCCCUUUUGGGGAAACCUCUCCAUACUUUUCCCUCAAGCCCACAACUACACACAGUCGCCGUGCUCCAGGUUUGCGGAGCUAGCCCAAAAACACGGAGAUGUGUUUCAAGUCCGACUGGGGACCAGGACCGUUGUGGUAGCCAACUCUUACGAUUCCAUUCUUCAGCUUUGGUGCUACCACAACAUUCGAAAUAACAACUCGCGGCCGAUUCUGCACACAUUUCACGGCGUCUUGUCCCAGUCCAAGGUAUUCACCGUGGGGACUACCCCUUUUGGGGAAUCGUACCUCAAAAGCCGGAAAUACAUGUCCAGCAAGCUACUGAACGAGUCGAGCAACAGAAAAUACAAUUCCAGCAUCAUCGACAAGGAAGCCACAAAGCUCGUGCGAUACAUGCUGUCUAGAACGACAGAUGACAUUGUGGAGAUGGAUAUCACGAGAGACUGUCAGUACUUCCAUUUGGGGGUGGCAUUGAUUCUAACCUACGGCUACGAAAUAAACGCUCGUGCGAACAGGGACGAGCAAGAGCUGGCGGACGAAAUGGUCUAUGUUGAGAACUACAUCACAAAAAUCCGCUCACACAUCCAGAACGUCCAGGACUAUCUGCCCUGGUAUCUCCGUCUGGUGUUUGACAUUUUUCACGGCAAGUCAAAAUUUGCCAGGGAACUGUACCAUCGAAGAAACAGUUAUCUGUACAAGUUCAGCCAAUUCACAACCUCGCGUCUAGACAUGCCAGAUGAAUACGUGCGCCGAAGUCUAAUCUUCAACUAUGUCAAAAACAACGACCAGGAACUGCUAAACGGGAGCCAGCUUGGUAGCAUAUGUUUGACAAUGGUCAGUGCUGGCCUGGACAACACUCCGCUGAACUUCCAGUACGCCAUGAUGCAGCUCAGCGAGUCACCACACAUACGGGCCAACGCACGUGCUAAGCUUCUGGAAUGCUACAACAAUAAUUCCAUAGAGGCAUGGAAUAAAUGCCACGCAGACGUUUUGUGUCCGUAUGUGGUGGCCAUCGUCAAGGAGACCUUGCGGCUUUUCACGGUUUUGCCCAUGUCGUUACCCCGAGAAACGACUAGAGACAUUGUCGUAGGCGAUGCGGUGAUUCCACGAGGCACCACACUGUUUAUGAACGCCUGGGCUGGCAACCACGACAGAACGCGGUUUUUCAAGCCUAUGGAAUUCAUUCCUGAAAGAUGGCUGGACCCAGAAACGGGAACCGUGGACACAAACCUAAGACAUUUCUCCUUUGGUGUGGGAUCGCGCAUGUGUCUUGGCAACAACUUGGCCUUCAAAGAACUGUAUGUACUGAUUUGCAAGUUUCUGCUGAUGUUCGAGAUAGAAGCUGCUAAAGAACAAUCGCCAAGCUUGCACCCACUGGAGCUGAACCAGUUCCCGGAGUCGAUUGCCAUUGAGCCAAUAGAAACGCACGUGCGCUACACGGUCAAUGAUAAGACGCUGCAGGAAUACGUAGAGGGUGUAUACACAUAG